AUGAAAAAUGCCGUCAUUGAUGACAACUCCAGCGCAACAGCAACAACAACAUCGGCAUUCUGUGGUAAAUCGACAACAACAACAACAACUGUACGUGUCCAACAACAGAAACAUCCGAAUCGUUGUUGGGCAACUGUAUCUAGGAAUUUAACAACAGAAAUUAAUAUAACCAAUCCCACCUUUGAUAUACAACAACAACAGCAAGAACAAAAACUACAACUGCAAAAACCAAACAGUCGCAAUUGUGUAAACGUAACGAUAAUCUUACAAAACGGCAGACAUAAACAUCAGACACCUACAGCAGCAGAAGCAGUGGCAGCAGCACCUCCACCAUCAGCACCACCAACACCAGCACCACUAUCAUCAACAUCGGCAACCAGAAAAGGCAUCAACGAUUCCUUCUCCCACAAACGCCAUUCAGAAACAGCAACAACACCAGCCGAAGAACAGCAACAGCAACAACAUCUACACCAACAACGAUCCAAAUAG